AUGGGCUUGGAAGAGGAGGUGAAGGUGAGUUUUUGGGAAGAUUUGGAUGAGGUGGUGAGAAGCAUGCCUAGCGCGGAGAAGAUCAUCAUAGCAGGGGACUUCAAUGGGAACAUUGGGGUCCUACCUAGAGUCUAUGACGAUGUGCAUGGUGGUUUUAGCUUCGGUGUUAGAAAUGGCAAAGGAGCAGCCCUAUUGGAUUUUGCGAGGGCCUUUGAGCUAGUGGUUGUGAACUUGAGUUUCCCAAAGAAGGAGGAUCACUUGAUUACCUUCCGAAGUGCAAAAGUCAAGACUUAUAUUGACUUUCUACUGCUUAGUAAGGGGGAUAGGAUUCUAUGUAAGUACUGUAAGGUCAUUUCGAGCGAUCACCUCUCAACCCAGCAUAGGCUGUUAGUGAUGGACUUAUGUAUCAAAAAGAGAAAGAAGAUUUGUGUUGGGGAAGGUCGGUCUAGAAUUAAGUGGGGUAGCUUGACACCAGAAAGUGCACUGGAGAUAGGGGAAAAGGUGGCGGGUCAGCAUAAGAGGGACUGGUGGUGGAAUGAAGAAGUGAAAAAAAAAAGUGAGAUCAAGAAGGGGGCAUAUAUUAAGCUGAUUGAGAGUAAAGAUGAAGAAGAGAAGCCGGUGAAUAGGGAGGUGUACAAGGUAGAAAGGAGGGAGGCUAAGUUGGCAGUUACGACUGCCAAGUCAGCAGCGUUUGAGCAUUUGUAUACUAGGUUAGAGGAGAAAGAAGAGGAUAAAAGGUUGUAUAGGCUUCCAAAAGUUAGAGGGUGGAAGGAUCGUGACCUAGAUCAAGAAGGGGACAAAAACAUUAAGCUAGGAGAGCUGGAGCAUUUGAAAAAGAGCCAUGAUUUCAGCUACUGCAGGUAUUUUAAGGUAGAGGAAUUCAAAGAGGCUAUUCGUAAGAUGCGGGGGGGUAGGGCAACGGGGCCGGACAAAAUUCUGGUGGAUUUUUGGAAAUAUGCAGAUGGGGCAGGGCUCAGAGACUCCGGCUAA